UUUAUAUAACUGACUUACUGCCAAGAAAGGAGUAAACAAACUCAAUAAGCAACGUGUAUUUUUGCAGAGCAAUAUUCAAAACUAAGUACGUACGAAUGUGAAUGUAAGCCGCUACUAAAUGCCUGAAGUCAUACAUAAAUAAACGGUCUUUUUGUAUAUGGAUAAUGAUCCAUAUAGUUUUAACGGUACUGCUUUUCAUUUCGUGAUCGCCGAAUUUCCGGAAGAAGAUGGGAAGGUUCCGAGUCGCACGUGAAGGCAGCACCAACGGCUACUUUCAGCCUCGCGCAGUUUAGCCUGGGAGGAAGACAAGAUGGAGGACUACCCCGCAAACAACAACGCCAAACAAACCGAAAACCUCGACGAACCGCCCAACAGUCGGCUUUUCGUGGUCACGAGUCGCUCCAUAACCGAGGAUGAGCUUCGGGAGAGUUUCUCCGUGUUCGGAGACAUCCACGGGGUGUGGGUCGUCAAAGACAAGCAGACAAAGGAGUCCAAAGGCAUCGCGUAUGUGAAAUUCGCAAAGUCAUCGCAGGCCUGCCUGGCCAUGGAGGACAUGCACGGCAAAGUGCUGAUGGAAGGGACCAAGCCCGUCAAGGUGUUCAUUGCCCAGUCGCGCUCUUCCACGAGACACCGAGACGUCGAGGACGAGGAGUUGACCAGGAUCUUCGUCAUGAUCCCCAAACAUUUCUCUGAGGAAGACCUUAAGGACACAUUCAAAGACUACGGUGAUAUUGAGUAUUGUGUGAUCAUCAAGAACAAGACCACAGGGGAAAGUAAAGGCCUGGGCUACGUGAGGUACUACAAACCCUCCCAAGCUGCCGUCGCCAUAGAGAACUGUGACAAAACUUACAGGGCCAUCCUGGCUGAACCUCGCACCAAGGCCCCAGCAACAGAAGACUACUCCGGGGGAAUGUCCAGAGGCGAUUACUCCGGUGGCGGCGGUGGUGGUGGUGGUGGUGGUGGUGACUCCUCGAACCAGUAUGCCUUCCCGAUGGGUGGCGGUAACGCGCCCAGAAACACAGCAACGCAACAGAGAAGAAGACUGCUAGCAACUGACCCUGGCAACUACCCGGCCAUGGACUACCGCAGCCCCACCGGGGACUUCACGCGGUGCCUGAUGAUGUCGACGCGGGCCGCGCUUUCCCAGGAGCAGGUCUUUGCCCUCUUUGACAUCAUCCCUUGCAUGGAAUACUGUGAGCUGCAGAGAGACGCUUAUGGAAUGAGCAAAGGUCACGCUCUGAUUCGCUACGCCAAUCUUGGAUCAUCGGUUUAUGCCAAGGAAAAGCUGAAUGGAUUUGAAUAUCCACCCGGCAACAGACUGUUGGUCAAUUUUGUUGAUGACGGAGAGGACCGCGGCAGUCCUGUAGGUCGCAUGGCGAUGCAGUUUGUUGCUACUCAGAUGAUGUCUGCGCCAUGGAAUGGACCUUCCUCCAGCCAAUCGAUGAAGCCUCCUAGUUUCCCCGUCUCCCCGAUGCUCCGUAUUCAGACUGACGUCAACCUGCCGCCUCUGAAGAAGCUCGCCACGCCCGAAUGCAAGGCGAAGGAGCGCUUGUUUGUCGUGUUCAGCCCCUCCCCGCUCCCCCCAGAUGUGCUGGAGGACGUUUUCUGUCGCUAUGGUUCCCUCAUUGAGGUCCACUUGGUUCCUGGAAGGAAGGUCGGAUACAUGAAGUAUGCAGAAAAACAGUGUGCAGAUGACGCCAUGGCGGCGCUCCACGGUCAGGUGAUCAACGGAGUGAAGAUGAAGGUGAUGCUGGCCGAUCCUCCCAGAGAGGAGUCCCAUAAACGCCCGCGUACCUACUAGGACCCAAACGACCGGCGACUGUUGUCAUGACACAAUGACACCUGACCCGACCGACCGACCGAUAUCGAGACCUCCACCCGACCACUGACCCGACCUUUGACACCUGUCUGACCAUACUUCUUGCCAGUGACCUUGCUGAUAACAGUAAAUGAAAGGAGUCUUAAUCACAUAUAUCGUCUGUGGUAAGCGUCAAUGUCUUUUUGUGCUUUUUCUUUUUUUUAAAGUAAAUAAUCAAGUUACUUUUUAGUUCAGGUGGUUGACCGUAUUUUUUAUCCUGGCAGGAAAAGAUCUAGACAGUUGUUUUUCCAGAUCUGGUCUUUAUUAUUUUCCCUGUCCCCCCCCCUCCUUGUUGAGCUUAGUUCAAAGGUGUUAAUCAGAGUAAUUGUACAUUUUGUUUGUCUCAGUGAAAAUAAAAACUACGUUGAACAAUUCA